AUGACUGUCUUGAUAGUAUCUUUGUUUCUGCCCUACACGGUGAACUUCCAUGUCAACGACAACUCGCGCAGCCGCUCUCCCCCUCUUGUUACCCCAGCCGCAAAUCCCAUCGUCGAAGGGAUUCCUCCACCUCCCAGUACCGCCACCGCUAGCUUGUUCGAGAAGCCUAGUUCGGGCACUGUGCCGGGUCUAACGCCAGGCGCUACAACGGAUCAUGAGCGCAUUUUCGCGUCCAAUAUAGCGCAGGCAGAACAGGAGCAAACCGGAUACCCGUUCCCUUCAACCGGUGAGCUGAAUAACCGACUUUUCACGGAGAGUGAAGGAAACUCCCCAUUAUGGGGUGCCACCACUUCGCUCAAUCAGCCCAAGCCACAGGCAAUCCCGUCGCCGUCGCCAUCUAUUCUGAAGCACCAAGAUCCUCGACCCGUCAAGGAAACAAUGUCGCAGCUGCCAGCCGUGCCCGAGCACGUUUCGUCCUACUCUAGACUGAGAAAGGCCAGCACGGCGAGCCGAAAAUUAUCAUUUUCGAGAGCCGAAUGGACGAUUGAGACCGCCGAACAGGGUAAUGGUGGCCUGCGCAAUGCAGUGCGAUCUGCAACUGAUGCUGGGGUUUUGGAUGAGUUAAUGUGGGUUGGCACUCUGGGGAUGCCCACUGAUGCCCUGGAAAAAUACACCCGGAGAGAUAUCGCAGAGAAGUUGGAAGAUGAGUAUGGCUCUUUGACCGUCUUUGUCAAGGACGGUGACUUCGACGGCCAUUACACCCAUUUCUGCAAAACCAUUCUGUGGCCGGUCUUCCAUUAUCAGAUCCCGGAUAACCCAAAAAGCAAAGCCUAUGAGGAUCAUUCAUGGAUUUAUUACGUUAAGUUGAAUCAGGCUUUCGCCGACCGCAUUGCGAAGCACUGGAAGCGGGGUGACUCGAUCUGGAUCCAGGAUUAUCACCUUCUACUGGUCCCAGCUAUGCUUCGCAAGUUAUUGCCAGAUGCACAGAUUGGAUUCUUCCUGCACAUCGCUUUCCCGUCCUCGGAAGUCUUCAAGUGCUUGGCACCACGCAAGGAGCUCCUCGAGGGCAUGCUUGGCGCCAACCUCAUUGGUUUCCAGACGGAUGAAUACUGUCGACACUUCCUCCAGACCUGCAGUCGCAUCCUGUGCGUGGAAGCGACUCCCGAAGGCGUCCAGUUGGAAGACCGCUUUGUCAACGUCGGCACUUUCCCUAUCGGCAUCGACCCGACCUCCUGGGAUAAGCGCCGCAAGGCGAUUGAUGUGGAGCGAUGGGUUGAUACUAUUUCGGAGCGCUAUCAAGGAAAGCGCCUCAUUGUCGCACGCGAUAAGAUCGAUUCCGUUCGGGGUAUUCGCCAGAAACUUCUUAGUUACGAACUUUUCUUGAAUACCUACCCGGAAUGGGCGGAUAAGGUUGUGUUGAUCCAGGUCGCAACCAGCACCACAGAACAACCUGAGUUGGAAGCGACCAUCUCUGACAUCGCGAUGCGCAUCAAUUCCACCCACUCUACGCUCGCUCACCAACCUCUGGUCUUCCUCAAACAAGACUUGGCCUUCCCGCAGUACCUUGCGCUUAUCACUAUCGCAGAUGCCUUGAUGAUUACUAGCUUGCGUGAGGGCAUGAACCUGACUAGUCAUGAGUUUGUCUACUGUCAGGAUGGCCGCUGCGGCGAUAAAGGCUUUGGAUCAUUGAUUCUCAGCGAGUUCACCGGCAGUGCGUCAGUUUUUGGAGACCAUGCCCUGUUGGUUAACCCUUGGGACUACCGCCAGUGCUCCGAGGCCAUCCACACGGCCCUCACUCGUGGUGGGGAGGAAAGGAAGAAGAUUUGGGAAGAGCUCCACCGUGCGGUUCUCAAGAAUUCGACUGCCAACUGGGUCAAAUCAUUCAAUGAAACUCUUAGUCGCGUCUGGAACGAGCAAUCUUCGCGAGAGAUCAUGGCGGUCCCCCGACUGUCUGUAUCCCGACUCACCGAGCGGUAUCGUCAGUCUAAGCAACGACUCAUGAUCGUUGAUUACGAAGGCACCCUGGCCUCUUGGGGAUCGCCACGCAGCAUUAUUCUGACUACACCGCAGCGCGCGAUCACAACCCUUACCGACUUGACCGAUGACCCCAACAACAUUGUUUAUGUGAUGAGCUCGCGCAUGCCAGAGGAAAUGGAGCGCCUGUUCCGACAGGUCAAUAACCUUGGCCUGAUCGCCGAGAACGGGUGCUUUGUGCGCGAGCCGAACUGUGAUUCGUGGACCCACCUUGCUGACAAGGUUCAUGUGAAGAAUUGGAAGGCAUCGGUAUCCAACAUCCUUGCGUACUUCCAGGCGCGUGUCGAGGGCAGCUGGAUUGAGGAGCGCCACUGCUCCCUUGUUUUCCACCACGGAUCCGCCGAGGACCGUCACGUUGCCGCUCGAUCUGCCGCUGAAUGCGCAGGCAAUAUCAACGAUGCGUGCGCCAACCUUGACGUGCACGCUGUGCCCGUUGAGGGCGCUUUGAUUGUGGAGACGACUCAUACCAACAAGGCAUCCGCGGCCGAGUUGGUCUGGAAGUGGGUCUUGGCGGCUGCAGAGAAGAAGGAAGAAGCUGUCAAGCCAGAUUUCUUGCUCGUCGUUGGCGACAAUCGCGAGGACGAGCCUGUUUUCCGCUGGGCCAAUAAGCUGCAGAGUUCCAAGGCCGUCGAUUAUGCUAUGACUGUCACAUUGGGUUCACGCAGCACGGAGGCCAAGGCUACCCUGACUCAGGGUGUUACUGGCGUUCUCUCUUGUCUGCAGCAAUUGGCUGCCUCCAACGGCCAAGCCAAGUUGCCGCUGCGAUGA